AUGUUUUUCUCCCGGUCUUGGUCUAAACCUUACCAGUCCGAGUCGGAGCACUCGAACUCCACGCCCAGAAGCGCAUCACCCGUUGGUGUAGGAGCCCAAAUUGACGAUGUUGACUCAUCUAGCAGUGUUAAAGAAAGACCCCCACCAAUGAAGGUGUGGUCCACGAUAAUGAAAAUAGUAGAUGCCAUCUACACUAUCGAUGACGAAAUGGGAUCAUCUCCUCUGGCAAUUCGAAACUACAUUGCCACUACCAGCACGGCAAAUGUUUCCCCAGCACUGCUGAAAGGAUAUAUAAGGACAGCUCUUAAGAAAGGACUGGAUGAGGGAAUUCUCAUUCGACCGAAAGGUACAAAAUCCACUGGCGUCACUGGUCGCUACUGUCUAGGUUUUAUCAAGUCCACUGGAGAAGGCAAAAGUGGACGAGACGGCAGAAGUGGAAGAGGCGGCAAACGCGGUAGCUGUAACCGUAGUUGUCGCCGUCCAAAAGGUAGAGGAAAAGGAAGAAAACGAUCGAAACGCCGCACCUCGUCUAGACGAGGAGGAUCUCGACGUAAUUCUGGCUGUAAAUCGAAAAGUCGAAAGCGAAGUUCAUCAAGAACCGGAUCACGAGGACGAAAACGAUCAAAGCGUUCGAAAAGUCGUUCACAGGGUAAAUCAAAGGGCCUGUCUAAAUCACGAUGUAAAUCGCGAAAAGGAGCGGGAAGAAGCCAGGCCCAGGAAUCAUCAGGCAGUGGAUCAUCGAAAUGUGGAUCGCGAUGGCGAAAACGGCGAUCGACACACGAUGAUGACCAAGGACCCAAAGAAACAAAGCAAAAGAAGUUUAAGACGGAUAAAGGCGAGGAGGAUGGUAAAAAUGAAGGAAGUGGGAAUUCUGCUGGUUCUUGUUUCUAG